AUGAGUGUCCAAAGUAGCAGUGGAAGUUUGGAGGGGCCGCCAUCUUGGUCCCGGCUCUCCACGUCCCCACCGAGCCUGCAGGGCUGCUCCGCGGCGGCGGCCUCCCUGCUGCACAGCGCGCCGCCCGGCAAGCCGCUCAAGGAAGGUGCAAUGGAUGAGCUUCAUAGCCUGGACCCAAGAAGGCAAGAAUUGUUAGAGGCCAGAUUUACAGGAGUAGUGAGUGGCAGCACUGGGAGUACUGGAAGUUGCAGUGUUGGAGCUAAAGCCUCAACAAAUAAUGAAAGUUCUAAUCACAGUUUUGGAAGCUUGGGAUCUCUAAGUGAUAAGGAAUCGGAGACUCCAGAGAAGAAACAAUCAGAACCUUCCAGGGGAAGAAAGAGGAAAGCAGAGAACCAGAGUGAAAGCAGCCAAGGGAAAAGUAUUGGGGGACGUGGUCACAAAAUUAGUGACUAUUUUGAAUACCAAGGUGGAAACGGCUCCAGUCCUGUAAGAGGCAUAUCUCCUGCAAUCCGUUCUCCUCAAAAUUCACAUUCACAUUCCGCCCCUUCUUCUAGUGUUCAACAGAAUAGUCCUUCUCCUACUGCAUUAGCUUUUGGGGACCACCCUGUUACACAGCCAAAACAGUUAUCAUUUAAAAUCACUCAGACUGAUCUCACGAUGCUGAAAUUAGCGGCACUGGAAAGUAAUAAAAAUCAAGACUUGGAAAAGAAAGAAGGUCGUAUAGAUGAUUUGCUCAGGGCUAACUGUGAUCUUAGAAGACAAAUAGAUGAACAACAAAAGCUACUUGAAAAAUAUAAAGAAAGGUUAAACAAAUGCAUUUCAAUGAGCAAGAAACUUCUGAUUGAAAAGAGCACACAAGAAAAGCUGGCAAGCAGAGAGAAGAGUAUGCAAGACAGACUACGCCUCGGGCAUUUUACAACAGUUCGACAUGGUGCUUCAUUUACUGAACAGUGGACAGAUGGCUUUGCAUUUCAAAAUCUUGUGAAGCAACAAGAAUGGGUGAAUCAACAAAGGGAAGAUAUCGAAAGGCAAAGAAAGCUCCUAGCCAAACGAAAACCUCCAUCUACGAAUAAUUCUCAAACACCUUCUGCCAAUUCGGAACCAAAACAGAGGAAAAAUAAAGCUGUCAAUGGGGCAGAAAAUGAUCCCUUUCUUAGACCCAGUUUACCACAGCUGUUGACUCUAGCAGAAUAUCAUGAACAGGAAGAAAUUUUCAAACUUAGAUUAGGACAUCUUAAAAAGGAAGAAGCCGAAAUACAAGCAGAACUCGAACGUUUGGAAAGAGUUAGAAAUCUUCACAUACGAGAACUCAAAAGAAUAAACAAUGAAGAUAAUUCACAGUUCAAAGAUCAUCCCACAUUAAAUGAACGAUAUUUGUUACUUCAUUUACUUGGUCGAGGUGGCUUCAGUGAAGUAUAUAAGGCUUUUGAUCUUUAUGAACAAAGAUACGCUGCUGUGAAAAUACACCAACUUAACAAAAGCUGGAGAGAUGAGAAGAAGGAAAACUACCACAAACAUGCCUGCAGAGAGUAUAGAAUACACAAAGAACUGGAUCAUCCCAGGAUAGUUAAACUCUAUGACUACUUCUCCCUGGAUACAGAUACGUUUUGUACGGUGUUGGAGUACUGUGAAGGCAAUGAUUUGGAUUUCUAUCUCAAGCAACAUAAACUGAUGUCAGAGAAAGAAGCUAGGUCCAUUGUAAUGCAAAUAGUAAAUGCACUACGGUAUCUCAAUGAGAUCAAGCCCCCUAUUAUACACUAUGAUCUUAAGCCAGGUAACAUCCUUCUAGUAGAUGGAACAGCAUGUGGAGAAAUAAAAAUCACUGAUUUUGGUCUCUCUAAAAUAAUGGAUGAUGACAGCUAUGGUGUGGAUGGAAUGGACUUAACUUCACAAGGGGCAGGAACUUAUUGGUACUUGCCUCCAGAGUGUUUUGUAGUUGGCAAAGAGCCACCAAAGAUUUCAAACAAGGUUGAUGUAUGGUCAGUUGGAGUAAUCUUUUUCCAGUGUCUUUAUGGAAGAAAGCCAUUUGGUCAUAAUCAAUCACAACAAGAUAUCCUACAAGAAAACACAAUAUUAAAAGCCACAGAAGUCCAGUUCCCAGUUAAACCUGUUGUAAGCAAUGAAGCCAAGGCCUUUAUCAGACGCUGUUUAGCAUACCGCAAAGAAGAUCGAUUUGAUGUCCACCAGCUGGCUAACGAUCCUUAUCUUCUCCCUCACAUGAGAAGAUCAAAUUCUUCAGGAAACUUACAUAUGACUGGGCUGGCAGCAUCCCCUACGCCACCUACUUCAAGCAUUAUUUCGUACUGA